AUGGAAAAACUCUACAGCAAAAAUGAAGGAAUACCUUCCAACCAAGAAAAGAUGAAAAAUGAACAGCCACAGGGUGGGGGAAAACCACAAGUAGCAUGCAAUCUAAAAGACAAGGAAAUGUUAGAAAAUAAGAGAAAGGUAGAAGAUAAGGAUAUACCAAAGGGUAAGAAAAAGCCAGAGAUUGAAGGAAAAGGAAAAAAGAAAGAAAAGCCAAACAGUGAGGGAGAUCUGAAAGAAGGAAAACUAGAGAGGGAGAGAAAUCCAGAGAUGAAAGGAAAAUCAAAAGAGAAAGAAAAGCCAGAGCAUGAGAAAGAGCUAAAAGAGAAAAAGCUAAAGAGGGAGGCAAAGCCAGACUGUUCAGGAAAGCCAGAGAGGGAGGCAGGUCAAAAGAGAAGGGAAAGUCAGAGUGAAACUAGGGCUGCAAGAAAGCGCCCAGCUGAGGAUGACAUACCCAGGAAAGCCAAAAGGAAAACCAACAAGGGGCUGGUUCAGUAUCUCAAGGACUAUAAAGAGGCCAUACACGAUAUGAAUCUCAGCAAUGAGGAUAUGAUAAGAGAAUUUGACAAUAUGGCAAAGGUAAAGGAUGACAGGAGGAAAAUCAAACAGAAAUUAGGGGGCUUGUUUUGGAUGCAAAGAAAUCUACAGGACCCCUUCUACCCAAGGGGCCCAAGGGAACUCAGGGGGGGUUGCAGGGCACCCAGAAGGGACAUCGAAGGUAUUGCUUAUGUGUAG